GAAGAUUCCACAAGGGGCGGGGUCAAUGACGCGACUCUCUUGGUUUGUGAAAAGACGCCAUUUUCUUGUUAGCUGUGAAGUUGAUUGCUUGGAGACACAUCUAGAAGCCGCGUCUCUGAGGGAAAAUGGGGGGCUUUAUGUCGAUCUUCAGCAAGCUCUUUGGGAAGAAGGAGAUGAGGAUCCUCAUGGUGGGUCUGGACGCCGCGGGGAAGACCACCAUCCUGUACAAACUCAAACUGGGAGAGAUCGUCACCACCAUCCCCACCAUCGGUGAGUCCCGCCCCCAUCCCGCGUGCCGCAGAGCAGAUGCCCCGGUGGCGGUGAUGCCCCAGGCCAGCCGCAGGGUGCUGCCCCAGGCCAGCGCAGGGUGCUGGCCAUUAGAUCUCCAGGAAUGGAGCUGCGUGACCCUGUUUAUGAGGUUCACGAGCUCCGGCCUGCCCCCCGACCCCCCCACUCACCCCCCGACCCCGCCCGUUCCUCCUCUCUUAGGGCUGAUAUUCGUGGUGGACAGUAACGACAGGGAGCGGGCGAACGAGGCGAGGGAGGAGCUGAACAGGAUGCUGGCCGAGGACGAGCUGCGCGACGCCGUCCUGCUCGUCUUCGCCAACAAGCAGGACCUGCCGAACGCCAUGGCGGCGGCGGAGCUGACGGAGAAGCUGGGCCUGCACUCCUUGCGGCACCGCAACUGGUACAUCCAGGCCACGUGCGCCACCAGCGGCGACGGCCUCUACGAGGGGCUGGACUGGCUCUCCAACCAGCUCAAGAACCAGAAGUGAUCCAUUCCCCCCCCGGCAGGGCUGGGAUGCGCCGCCGGCCGCCGUCCUCUCCCGCGCUGCCGCGGGGCCUGUGGGCGAUCCUCUUUCUGUUCUUUUUCUCUUUUUCUUUGGUCGUACCUGAUGUGGUCGUGAACCAGCAGAUGUCAGAGGCCAUGUUAGAUGCUUCCGGGGGAAGAAAAAAUAGCAAGACCAGGUCAAAAACUAGUAUAUGUCUGGACCUAACACACUUCAUCCGGCCGACCAAUGGUGUAACUUCAUAACUCGGCCGUCCAAUAGUGUAACUUCAUCACUCAGUGACUCGGUCACAGACAUUCGCGUUUCGUAGGGCUGGCCCCCGCUGUUGCGGUCCAGCCAAAAACUGUUACGACGGCCAAUGAGCAGCAAGGUCGUGUAGCUUCUGUUAUGUGAUUUGCUUUUUCAGUCACAUGGAAGCCGUACGACCUUGCUGCUGAUUGGCUGUCUUAUCAACACCCAGUGGAUAUCAUUGAAUAUUUGUCAUUUUUCCCCGGAAGCAUUUCACAUGGCUUUUGACAUUCGGUUGUUUGCUACGGCAUCAGGUGAAAUUAAAGAUGAAGAAGACAGAAGAUCUCCUGUACGCCCCCUGGUGGCAGUUACUGUUAUUAGACUUAGAGAGAUUGCGAUUCGGUACGUCACACAGCCCUGCCACCCAUCUGUUUACUGUCUGUGUGACGGGACAGCACCAGAGCCAGCGCCCCUUCCCACCCGAAAACAGCCCCGCCUAUCCUGUCCUGGCCCCCCCUGCCCGCCCCCCAGCCUGGUGCUGUCCUGCCUGUGUGUGUGUAUGUGUGUGUGUGCGAGAGUGUGUGUGAGCUGUGAAAGGGAGCAUCUCUGGCGUGCCUUACACCCCCCCCCCCACGUCGGCUUGCCCCCCCCCCUCCACAAGGCUAAGAAAGACCCAGGAUGCAAAGUGUUCUCGCCUCUCCUUUCAAAAGGAGCAUUUUACAAACCUGAUACUGCACCAGAUUUCAAAUAGUACAGAGAUAGACAUGUUAAAGAUGUCCGUUUGAAUCCUCCCUCCCCAUUUAAAAAAAUAAAUAAAAUGAGAAAAAAAACCCACAUUGUAACCUGUAUCAGGUUGGAAGAGAAGUCAAUAAAAAGCAUUUUCCAUCCUAGAUCCUUCUUUGCAUUAUUUUGAAAAUCUUGUAGUUCUGCAGCUGUGAUUUUCCAGUGAACACUACCUUCUUCCCUUUCAUCUGAAGAUCACGAAGCACAAGAAAAACAUUUGUUGAUCUUUUUUAAAUUUAAAUUUUCUCCAUUCAGUUCAGUUUUCAUUUCAUUUUAUUUUAUUUAUUUCAUUUUUUUUGUUGCCAUUUUCAAGCUUGUAUCAAAUAAAAUGAAGGGAAGGAUCGCGGCCAUGCAGGCCGCUGGUGCCCUGACCAGUCCUGACCGGUCCUGACCGGCUCUUACAGGGUGUUCAUUAAGGAACAGUAACGCUGGUUAUUCUGUUAUUAAAGCUACUGGGCAUUCCAAGAUGGGUCACGGGACUUCAUUUUUAAAAAGGGCAGUAUGGCGGUUUUACAAAAGGCGGUUUGGCGGAUUUAGAGGGCAGUUUUGCGGGAUUAGAGAGGGCAGUUGGCGGUAUGGACGGGACCUUGUGUAGUGUGUGUUGAACGCAUGGAGGCAGCGGGUGUAGUUCAGGACCAUCAGAUCAGAUGUAGCUGAUUCCCCCCUGUCUGAGGAAGGCAUCUCUUUCUCUCACACAGUACUCAAACUUUUUUCAAAAAUAUCUUUUUUUAACGGGGGCCUUGUUGCAAUAGUCAGCGUGUGCGUUAUAAGGGGAGACGAAGGCCAUUGAUAAGGUAAUUGAUUAAGAACAGGUGAUCAGACCGAAUAACAUCGUAAGGUCAUUAAUAAGUGUUGAAUAAGUAUCGUCUGGGCUGGUCCAAGGCUGACUGCAAAUUGCAGAGGCUUCUGUGACGGCAGUGGAGGUCUGUACUGCACAGGCCCUUGUGGAAGACUAGGUAACUUCGUAUGUUCCGGCUCGUUCAGGUAGGAUGCCGUUGCUGUUGGCGACAGCGGUGUGAUUUCAUUGGCUGGUCAUGCGGUGUCUGGGGAUGCUGGGUUUGGGAUGGGGGUGGGUGUCCUGGGUCAGUGGGGCUUUUACCUUGGGCUGCUCCUACCUCCACUUUCUACUUUCUUCCUUUUUUUUUUUUCUUCUUUCUUACAUUUGUUGUUAUUGUUUAUUUAGAGUUGUUAUAAGUGUUUUUGAAUGUUAUGUACAGAACACUUUGCUUUAUUUACAUGGUCUGGUGUAGCAGGUGUUCAACUGCAAAUAAAACUCAGUGACUGGCCUAGCUGAGUUACUGGUGGUCUCAGUCUUUUUAGGGGGUAGUUCUCAUUGCGGCGGGGCUCGGGGGGGUGGGGGGGGGGGUUUACUUUUUCCGCGUUUCGCCGGAUGCGUACGCGCUCGCUACGUCGCGUUUGUCCUGGUUCUGUCUGGGGGGUGUCGCUCGGUCGUCAGGGCUGCCGGUCGAUGCUGCAGCGUGGAGCGCCGCCCUCACGUGCGCGUCUGCGCAGAUCUGCUUUUAAGCGAGCGGCUUUUUCACAGCGCUGAGUCCUGUGAGUGGUUGUGAACUGGGACCCCGCUCAGCGGUGCGAGCGGCUGUUUGCGGGGACCCUGGAGUGUGGGGAAACGGCGUGCAUGUGGGUUGAGCCCCUGUAUGAGCUCCCUGCUGGUCUGUAUCCAUCAAAGUGUAUUACACUGCCCCCCGGUGGUGGCAUAGCAUUCCUGCAGUAAGAAUUUUUUAUAUGGUGGUUUCCAUUCAAGUGGAAACCCCCCCCCCAAAACACCAGAACAACAAAACAACAAGAGGGGACCACAGUUCGCUGAGUGGCAUAAAAUUGCCAGUGUGGCUGCAGCUGCCGCAAUGAUAUAAAAAAAAAAUAAAAAAAAACUUUUUUUUUUUUGUUUCACGUUGUGAAACCAUGAGAAGCGUGUCAGAGUAAGAUGGGCUCCAGUGAUGCGCUCUCCAGGGAACAGCCUUUGUUUUCCUGUUCAGCUGAAAAAAAAGCCACCCCAAACUCAGCCGGCGCGUAAACAGAAAUGACCCGCCAUGGAAGUCUAGUGCGG